CAUUCCAGCGUUGGGGUCCAUUCUUCGCCCAUAACGUAGCAAAGGCACCGCCAGCAGGGCCUCUUAAAACAUCCAAUGCUGUCUAGACGGAGCUGUCUGUCCUCUCGACUUCCCGCAACAGCUAGACUUAGCGCACGCCUGCUUUCUGGCGCUAGGGUCAGCGUGUGGGCCCCGGCUCGGCACUCAGGACCGAUAUGCUGUGCAUACGCAGCAAAACUUGUAGAAUGGCUUGUUUUUGAAGGCGCGGAAGGCGUCGCGAGCAACGUGACAAUAUAUGAAGACGAGCUCACUGGCGAACGCGGCCUGAUCGCAACCAAGAACCUCUCGCAAGGCUCUGAUGUCUUCGUCAUUCCACUCAACGCUGUCAUCUUCGACUGGCCCGAACCAGCAAAGGCCACCGGGGUCGGCCUUGGUCAUUCUGGCGGCGGUGUGGACGGCGCCGCCGUGCCCAGUAGCGUCCGCCUGGCGGCCAAACUUCUCCACACCGUCGCGGCGGCCACCGGGCGCCCCGGACCCGGGAUAGCCGCUUCUGGCAGCAGUGGAGACAGCAGCGGCCCAAUGGGCAUACCAAGCAGCACUGGCGUAGCCGCCAGCGCCAGCGCCAGCACCGGCAGCGACAACCGCAGCCCAAGCAGCAGUGGCAGCAGCAGUGCCAGCAGCAGCCGCUUCCUGUCGUAUGUUCAGUCGCUGCCGGCCCAUCCGCCUGCGUUAUUGCUGAGCUGUCAGGGCGAGGGCGGGGGCGAGGGGGGCCGGCUGCUGGGGGCGUUCGAGUACCCGCCCCUGACACGUGCGGUCAUUUCGUACAGGGAGCUGGUGGAGCAACAGUAUGACGCACUCGGUGGCGCGGCCGCGCUGUCAGGAGCCUCCCUGGAGCAAUUUAAGUGGGCGCUCGCGGUCGUGGGUUCGCGCUGCUUGGCCACCAGCGUGCUAAUGCUGGCGCUGCUGGAUGCCGGGGCCAACAGCAGCAACAGCAGCAACAGCUGUGGCGCCGGCAGUGGCAGCGGCAGCAGCACCAACAGCAGCGGCCCGUGGAGCCCAGCGCAAGCAGCCGUGGCGGCCGCCGGGCCUGCAGCGGCUGUAGUCGGGACUGCGGCGUCAAUUGCCGCCGGUGGGGCAGGCGUGUCGUGCACACCUGCUGGGGGCAGCCAACACCAGCCGGCAGCAGUUGCGGCGGCACCAGGCGACUCGACAGCAGGGGCCUCGCUGCCCCUGACACUGAUGCUGCUCCAGGCGGCGGCUGCAGCGGCGCUGCCGCGGGCGGCGGCGGCAACAGGCCUGCCCUCAGGCCCAAGCGAGCCCGCUGGCUCUGCUGUGCACGCAGCUGCUGCUGCUACAGCCGGGGGCCCCGCUGCUACAGCCGCUGCAGCCGGUGGCGAGCUGCGCAUGCUGGUGCCGCUGCUCGACAUGCUGAACCACCGCAUGGCCCGGCGUGUGGGGGGCCGCUUCGGUGGAAGCGGCAGCAGCACCGGCAGAAGCAGUGGCAGUAGCAGCGGCACUGGCGGCAGCGGUAGCGGUGGGAAUGGCGGGGGCAGUAGCGGUGCUGGUGGCGCCGACUGCGGGGAGGUGCGGCUUGUGUCGGAGGCGAAUGUCAGGUGGGAGAUGCGGCCUCCUGCUGAGCCCACAGGUGGGGGUGGCGGCUGCGGCGGCGGCAGCUGGCGGGUAGCUGUGGUCGCUACUGCGGCAUUGGCGCCUGGUGACGAGCUGCUAUUGUGCUAUGACCAGGCCGGUAGCAAUGACGCCUUCGCGCUUCAUUACGGCUUCUUACCGCCCUUCUCGCCGCACGAUGAUGUGCAACUGUUUGAGGACACGGCACAUGCGCUCGAGUGGUGGCGGCGGUGGCGACAGCGGCGACGCAACGGCCGUGUUGGCUGGCUGCCGUUAGCAGCAGCAGCAGCUCGAGAGGCACAAGAGGAGGAAGAGGAAGAGGAGGAGGAGGAGGAGGAGGCGCCGGCGGGUGCGUCUGAGGCCGCUGCGGAGGUUGGUGACAACAGCGGCAGCGGGGCUCUCAAGCUGUACCCCGACGGGCGUGUGUGUCCGCGCCUGCUCGGUGUACUGGCAGCAGCAGAAGCUGGAGCUGCUGCCGGUGGCCGGGGCCUGCCGCAAGCAGCGGCGAAAGCAGGAGAGGUGGCGGCGGUGGCGGCGGCCGAGGCGAUGGCGGCGGCAGCUGAGGCGGUGGCGGCGCGGUGUGCGGAGUUGCUAGCAGAGCGCCGGCCCCUGAUGGAGGACCUCGUUCUCCUUGCAGCACCGGUGCCAGCCGCCGCAGCAACUGGCGCGACCGGGCGGGCAAAGCCGUCAGGGGGCGGUGGCGAGGGACGCGGUGGGUCAGCGGCACCCGCACAGCAAGGGAGCACAGCGGCGGCGGCGGUUGUGCCGUCUGAGGCGCAGAGCUGGGCGGCGCUGUUGGCGCACUACGAGAAGGAGCUGCAGCGGCGGCCGGCUGAGCUGCAGCAGCUUGCGGGGCUGCAGCCGAUUGUGGUGCUGCCGGCAGGGCCGACGGGUGCUACUGCCGGGAUGCAUAGCGCUGCAUCAAAUGAGCUGACGCCGCAAGAGCAGCUUGCGCUGCGAUAUCGGGCGUAUAAAAAGAUUUUGCUGCUUGACUACUUGAUGCUCGCGGAGGGAAAUCUGGGCGCAGUGGAGUUCGGUGAAGAGUGAUUUGGCCGCUGGGCUUGCAGGGGAAGGAAGGCCAGAUGGCACCGCACAGCGACAGCACUGGCGGGGCGAAUGAUGCGGGCCGCAAAGAUUAUGGCAUGCCCAAUACAAACUUGGCAAGUCAGGGAGGUCGCAUGUGAGUGCAUCGAGCUCAUACGGUCCCUGAAAACGGCCCGCGUCACGCGUCCAUACAGUCCACUUCACACUUAGCCCUACCGGGUUGCCGCCUGUUGAGUCUGUCUGUUCGCCCGUGCCCAAAGGUGUCAAGUAAGACCUGGAAAUGUUUUUAGCACGUGCGGCCGUGUGGGUCCGCAGCCCGCAUCGCCCAGAAGGAACACCACUUUGAUCUAGUCCCACCUGAAGUGCUGACUACUCUGUGUGGCCUGGCGUGGGAACACAGCGAUCAAUACAGCUCGAGGCAGGUGAGGAAGCCACGAAGGAGUGUCGCACCACAGCAGCCCCCGCGUACGGUACCGUAGUGUCGCGCCACGGUGUCACGCUGCAAUAACCAACGGGCUUGUUACUUGGGCAUGUAGCAGGCUGCAUCGAGCCACCCCUACUGUAAGCAGGCUGUAUCUAGCGCGCAGGGCAGUGGAACGCGGUUGGCAAGGCCUAUGAGCAUGAGCACUUGCCUUCGGUUUGAGUCCAUGCGGCUACUCU